AACACUCUAUGUUAACAGCAAUCUGCUAUGCCAGGGAGCACAGUGAACUCAAGGUUAAUUAGAAAGCCUCUUUCUUAAAACAGUAAUUCUCGUGCGAUCCUUCAGAGAUGAAAAUUGAUAUUCAUAGUCACAUUCUACCUAAGGAAUGGCCUGAUCUAAAAGAGAAAUAUGGUUAUGGUGGAUGGGUUCAACUGGAACACCAUUGCAAGGGGGAGGCAAAAAUGAUGAAGGAGGGAAAGGUUUUCAGAGUUAUCCAAGAGAAUUGCUGGAAUCCAGAGGUUCGGAUUAAAGAGAUGAAUGAAUCAGGAGUCACUGUGCAAGCCCUUUCUACUGUUCCUGUAAUGUUCAGCUAUUGGGCCAAACCUCAGGAUACGUUAGAUCUGUGCCAAUUAUUAAAUAAUGACUUAGCUACUAUGGUAAAAAAGUACCCCAAGAGAUUUGUCGGCCUUGGCACAUUACCCAUGCAAGCACCAGACCUGGCUGUGAAGGAAAUGUAUCGCUGUGUGAAUGAGCUUGGCUUUCCUGGGGUGCAGAUAGGAUCUCAUAUCAACGAAUGGGACCUGAAUGCACCAGAAUUGUUUCCUAUCUAUGCCGCUGCUGAAUUAUUAAACUGUUGUCUGUUUGUGCAUCCCUGGGAUAUGCAAACAAAUGGAAGGAUGUCCAAGUAUUGGCUUCCCUGGCUUGUGGGCAUGCCAGGGGAAACAACCAUUGCCAUUUGCUCCAUGAUUAUGGGAGGAAUUUUUGAAAAUUUUCCUAAACUGAAAGUUUGUUUUGCCCAUGGAGGUGGUGCUUUCCCAUAUACACUAGGGCGUAUUUCCCAUGGAUUCAAUGUGCGUCCUGAUUUGUGUGCAGUGGAUAAUAAAGUUGAUCCAAAGAAAUACCUUGGUUCAUUUUACACAGAUUCACUUGUCCAUGAUCCUCGUGCCCUAAAGCUGCUAGUCGAUGUAAUAGGAGAGAUGGAGAAGUCAAGAGUUGAGCAGGAGACAAACAGAAGUCUCCAACUUACAAGUGACUGAAAAGCUUAAAAAAUAAAAUGGAUUGACCUGUUGACAAUACAGGGUUCAGUGAAGUCCUAAAGAAUGAAGAAUCUGUCCCUUGGAAUGCUGCCCACAUUUGUGUCAAUUUGUCUCUGCAAUCAAGCAUUUCAUAAAUGAACUGUAGUGAAAGCAAAUAGCCUUAGCAACUCAGUACUCAUGGGCACAGUUAAAACUUACAGAACAAACUAGGUAAAUAAAGAAAAACUGAGCAAAUGUAACCCACACAGCUAGUGGGUUGGUUCACUGUUACACAUAGUGUCACUUAGACCACUUCCAGUAGAGAUAUGAAUGAGUGAGUUCUACGGCCUAAGGCAAGCUAAGAGCCAGCUAGCCUUAUAGAUCAAGCUGUAGAGGCUCCUAUACUAAGCUCCUGUGGUCCCACAUUUGAAUCUGGCUGGUGGUGGUUAUACAAACAAAAUUAGACAUGAGUGUUAGGAACAGGUUCUUCCCCCCCUGCUGUGGACUCUUUAUCAGGCUCUGGUGAUAAGGGGGGGGGGCGUGGACUGACAGUCUAAGGAAUUCCACAAGCCCUGUGUACUACUCAAACUCAGCAACUGGCAGUGUUCCCUCUAAUUUUUUCUAUCCAUGUGCUGAUUAAAUUUUGUUAUGAGCACCAAGGCACGUGCAGAUGUGCAACAUCAGUAGAAAUACAUGCUGUCGCUUAGUAAUGGGUGCUCUGCUAAUCAGCUGGGUGGCAUUUGAAUUGGUCCUGGGCAGCUGCCCAAGAGCUUCGCUUAGAGGGAAUACUGGCCACUGUUGGGAUAGCUGAGGGCAGGAGCCAUACCAGAGCAGAAGGGAGAAUAGCCUGAGCAUUUUGUGUUCUAGGUAUUGAACUGGCAGCAGUGGGGAAGCUCCUGUAAAUUAGAGCAGCCCGUAAGUGUAGUCAUCUUUUCACAAUGGCUGAGUGGCACAUUCUUGUGGCCUUUAGCAAUUAGUGAACAAUUUUUAAAUCUGAUAUUUAACUUGUUUUAAGGAUUUGUAAUUGAUGUCAUUAAAGCUGUUAACCACUGUUAAA